UAUCCACUUUCUUCUGUUUAUAGGAGAAACGAAGAGGUUGAUGAAAAAGCAUUGAUUAAAAAACUUAGGAAAAGAGUUGCGGAACUUGAGAGUGAAUUGUCAUGUCUGUUAAUGGCAAAGGAAGAUGUGCAGUUUAGUUUAGAAAUGAUGAAUGCCAAACUUACAGAUGAAGACAAGAUUCAGUGCAAUAAAGUUAUUAAGUCGUACUUAGAUGGAAAAGUAGCAGAUCCAGUCAGCGAAGGUAUAACAAAUCCAUACAAAUUUAGAGAGUGUAUGAAGAUUCUGAAGAAGAUGAUAUUAGAAGGCUACUACAAUAGUGCUAAUCCAGACGAUGUGCCAAACUACUAUGAAACUUCUGAAGAGGUGACUACUGAGCUGCGAGCAAGCUCAACCCCAGAGAAAGAGGCUCAGGUGCUCAGAGUACACCAUCAUAGACAAAGAAAUGAUGAGAAAACGGUGCAGAUUCCCAUCCCAACGCGGAGUGCCUGGGGGGAGGAGACAUAUACCACAGAGCCAGAACAAUCAAUGAGGCGGCCCCAUCACAGGGAGAGGCGGAGGUACCACCAGGGCCCCAGGGACAUGGAGGAGGAGGGACUCAGGACCGCCGGGGAGAGUGACAUAGAACCAGCUCCACCUAAAGAGCCAGCUGACAAUCUCUCCACAAUUCUGAGACAGACCAGAAGCCGGAAGAAAUACAAGUCCCCGUUCGAGAGGCGGAGAAUUAAGGAGAUCAAGAAGUUAAAUGAGAAGGUAGAGACCAUGCAGCAGACGCAGAUCAGUAAGGAGGGGGAACUAGUCAAGAUGAAGAUCAGUAUGGCCGAACAGGAACUUAAUCUGAUGGAGGAACAAGUCAGAACUAAACUGAAUGUGACGAAGGACCAGCUAGCUGACCAGAAGGCGUACGUCCAGCAGCUGAAGUCUAUAGAGGCAGACAAGGAGGUUGUAGAGAGAGAGAAGAUCGUCGAGAAACAGUUACGCAAGAAGGAGGCAAAGGCCACCAAGAAGAUUGAGGUGAUAGAAGAGAAACGUAAACAGCUGGUCCAGCAUUCAGAGGAAGUGGACCAUGAACUGAACAAGGCAAAACCCACCAUCAGAGAACAGUACGGGAAAUACCGCAAGAGGGACGGUAGUCUUAACACCAGACAGGUGUACGAUAUGCUGAAAUCCGAGGAGAAGAAACAGGGAAAGAUUCAAAAUCAACUGGAGCAAGAGAGGAUGGUGAUGAUAAGCCAGCAGUUGGAAUUGAAAGAAGCUGCAACUCGUCAGAAACUACGGGACUUCAAGGAGCUGCUCCGGAUGUCCCACUCUGCUGGUUUUCCUGAUGGUCACAUUGGCCGUGACAAUGACCCCAGGGCAGUGACCGCCCCAGAUUAUGGGGAGGGCCCUGAAAGACUAAAAGCUAGAGAAGAAGUGGGGCUUGAAGACAUGAACGGCAGAGUGGGAAGUCCGGAGAGGACUGUGUACACUGCUGCUACGACUCACAUCAAUAACGGACUAGAGUCACGAGGGCUUCCAACCCGUGAAUCAAGGGCCAUAACUCAGAAAGAGGAUCCUGAGAGUCGGCCUGUGUCUCGUCAGAGCGUGAGGUCGACAAAGUCGUUAGUUCCCGAUAGUGAGUUUUACGCUAAACGUAAACAGGAGAAGGAUCCCACAGCUCGCUGGGAGUCGUCCUACUCCAGACCUUCCACAGCUUGUAGCCAGAAACAACCUGACAUUGACUUAAUUUACAUGCAGCCCAAAAAGCUGGAAGAUAGUGAGGAAGAAAUGAAAUACGGAUUAACUGACGAUGUAAAGUCUGCCAGAGAGGAGUCAAGAAAAUCUACUGCGAGGACAAAGCCUCCUCGAGCACCAAGUCAUUCCUCAAACAGAAUCGAGGAUGAUCUGGAGGACUAUGAAACACUAAUUCCCAGUGAAUAUGUUCAUAGUAUGGGAACUAAGGACAGAUUUGAUGGAAAGAAAAUGGGUCUUUCUUCCACAACUUUCGAUGCAGCAUUGGCAUCCAUGCUGGAGAAAGCUGGUGAUGACAAUCUGUAUUACAGCCAUGAUGACUAUGACCAGUAUGCGAGUACAAACAAAACCCGCACUUUUGACAGAGACAGUUCCCUGGAUAGGGAGUUGUAUGCAAUAUCUCAGAGAUCUCGCGAGAGUGACAUUCGAGCCAUUUACGGCUCUCCCUUAAAAAGCAGCAAGAGCAUGCGUCAAAGUCGACCCAAAACGAGACAGAAACCUAUUUAUCAUUCAGACGACGAGGAUAUUGAGAUUAAACCACGAUCAAGUUUUUCACCUGCCCUAGCCAAACGAGAUAAAUCUCUAGAGGACUGGGAAAGGCGAAUGUUACAGAAAAAUUCUGCCAGGAGUGCCCGCAAAAAUUCACCACUUAAAAAGAGUAAAUCCAAUAAUUUUACGUCAAAUCGAUAUUCUACGGAAAGUGAUGAUGAUCCUGUGAAAGAAGGGCCGAACAAUUACAAAAACUGGGGGCCACAAACAAAGCACGCUUCAAUAGCAGGACGCUUGGCUAACUUCUCUAUAGAGACUCCAACUCCGGCAGAUAAUGAAGUAAAUGGAAGUGAGUACUAUUAUCCCUCGAGGACCAACAGCCUAGUCAUAGAGGAGUCCAAAUUUAAAUCCGUAACGGCCGUCCCAGAUGACGAGGCAGAAAAUUCAUUUAUGGGAAAAGUUCAAGAACAGCGAGAUCGCGUAAACAAAAUCAGACAAGUCAGAAAAUCUGCGGAAGUCAUACAGACAGCAUGGAGAAAGUAUCAGGAGAAAAAGAGACAUGCUCGGUGGUGAUUUAUGUGUUAUCGUGACAUAUUGUGCCAAAAAGGUGAAUAAUUUGUUCUGUUCAGGGAAAAAUAAUAUGAUAUUAACUGGCUCCUCCUUUGGGUUUUCUAAAGCAAUAAUGAAGACUAUAUUGUUUUUGUUGACCAUUUCAAAUUGUGCUAUUUUUUAAUACACAAUUGCAUUUUGAACAGAAGCAGAAUUUGGAAUACUGGAAUGGAAUAUCUGUUGAUUAUUUGUAAAUUGCUCCUACAUAGAAGUUGAUUUAUGGAAUAGGUGUUGGUCAAGAUUGAAAGAUUAGAAAUAUCUAUUUUUCUUUUCAUAUAUUGAGAAAUAAACAACUUAAUAUUUAGAUGUAGAAAAUUUGUGUUGAAAAUUACACAAAAGUGGAUUCAAGUAGAAAUGCAAUGUAUUGAAAGUACUGGUAGUUCUAGCAGAUUGUUCAUGAAUAUUCGAAAAUCUGUGUUUUUUUCUCAAAAAGCCUAAUUUCAACCAACCAGUAUGUACAAAAACUUUUUAGUAAUUUGUUGUAAUGCCUCUUUUGCGUACAC